UCUCCUCUCUCCUGGGAUUCUCUCCAGCUUCCUACUUCGAGCUGCACGUCAGUGAGACCGUGGCAGCUACCCCAAACCACAAGCAACUAGGUUGGGGACCUCCUCGAAAAAGUACAUGCACGCUCGACAGGAACUGUCAUCAUGUGUGGAGACUCCAACAUGGAUCGCACACAAGUAACCCAGUGAAAGUCCUUGACAUGUUCCAGCAGCAUCUGUCAGCGCUUUAUUCGUCCCAGGACCUCUUCUCCACUGCUCAAACUGACCGAUUCUUCACCGGCCUGGAUCUUCCCCAGCUGACAGAGGCCCAAGUAUCCUCCUUUGAGGAACCGAUAACAGAAGAGGAGGUCGGCCUAGCAAUAGCCAUGCUCUCUCGUGGGAAACGCCCAGUAAAAAGUGCGAGACCAAAUUUAGUGGACCUAUGUGUAGUGGCCUCCAAUUCCUCCCCCAGCACCAUUGACAACCCAGACACUUACCUGUCUUUGCUCUACAGAGAUCUUCCUCAAUGGCACAGCCUCUUCUGGAAAGCUUCCAUUGCUGAGUCCAGCUUCUCCCACCAAGACUUACCCCAAUCUCUGAUCAUUCCAGUGAAAAGUUGUUUUUACGAACAAUUCCCUAUAAAUGUUUUGGCUUUUCUUUAUGCUAUUCGCCACAUUAACCAAAAUCCAGAAAUUUUGCCCAAUAUUACUCUGGGAUCUCAGGUCCUUGAUUCAUGUUUACAUCCUAGUCUGGCUGUAAGGAAUGUUCUAAGCAUUUUAUCUGGACCACAGAAGACAGUCCCUAAUUACUCAUGUUCUGGAGAACGUCAACUUGUGGGAUUUAUUGGAGAUCAGUAUUCAGUGACAACAAUUCCAAUGGCACAAAUACUUGGAAUCCUUGGAUACACACAGAUCAGUUAUGGAGCUACGGACUAUUCUCUAACCAAUAGGCUUCUCUAUCCUCAUGUAUUCCGGAUGGUUCAGAACGAUCAUGUUCAUUAUAUGGCUGUAAUUAGGUUGUUGAAAUAUUUUGGCUGGACGUGGGUUGGAAUACUUGCAUCAGAAGAUGAUGCCGGAGACAAAGAUAAAGAGAUAAUAACAAAGUACAUGAAAAAUAAUGGUAUUUGUGUUGAAUUUACAUUAUCAUUAGGACCUUAUAUUUAUAAGGAUCCUGUUCAUGAACAGCCCGCUGUAAAACAUGGCAUUUCUGUUAUGGAAGCCUCCAGUGCUAAAGUCCCGGUAUCUCGGUGCUCAGAUCCCUGUGUACCUGGAACCAGAAAGAAGUUUGGCUCUUCAGUUCAUGAAUGCUGCUAUGAGUGUGUCCCAUGUCCAGAAGGAGAGAUAUCCAAUAUUCCUGACAGUGAAAACUGCAUGAAAUGUUCUGAUGAAGAAUGGCCAAAUGAGAAGAAGGAUCGGUGUGUUCCAAAAUUGGUGGAGUUUCUCUCCUACACUGAUGAUACAAUUGUUGCAGUAUUUUCAGCUGUUUCCAGCCUCUGUUGCCUUCUGACUGGUGUAAUAUUGGGGAUGUUUAUACUUUACCAGGACACACCCGUUGUUGAAGCUAAUAACCGGAACCUGAGCUAUCUUCUCCUGGUCUCCAUCAUGCUGAGCUUCCUCUGUGUCUUCUUGUUCCUCGGCCAUCCAGUAGAUGUAACCUGCAUGCUGCGUGUAACCGCUUUUGGUGUCAUCUUCUCAGUUGCCGUCUCUUCUCUACUUGCCAAAAGUAUCAUGGUGUUUAUUGCUUUUAAAGCCACCAACCCUGGGAGUUCCUGGAGGAAAUGGAUGGGAAUCACAUUGCCGAAUUCCAUCAUGUCUGUGUUGUCAAUGGUGCAAGUUAUAAUCUGUGUCACUUGGUUGGCUAUUUAUCCUCCCUUCCAGGAUAGAGACACUCACUCUUAUCAGGGAAAGAUCAUCAUUCAGUGUAAUGAGGGUUCAGUUAUUGGCUUCUACUCUGUCCUGGGUUAUAUGGGGCUUCUGGCAGCUGUAAGCUUCAUUAUAGCUUUUUUAGCCAGGACAUUACCAGACAGUUUUAAUGAGGCCAAGUACAUCACCUUCAGCAUGCUGGUGUUCUGCAGUGUCUGGAUUGCCAUGAUCCCGGCCUAUCUGAGCACCAGAGGGAAAUACAUGGUGGCUGUGGAGAUUUUCGCUAUAAUGGCUUCAAGUGCUGGACUGCUUGUCUGUAUAUUUUUCCCAAAAUGUUACAUCAUUCUGUUCAGACCUGACCUGAAUACAAAAGCAGGUUUGCUUGCGAAUAGAAGAUAA